AGUGUUUGCGCCAGCCGGAAGUGACAGCACGCAUUAUCGUAUAGUUUCAUACAGGAAUGGAAUUAGUAAUGUUGACGUGGAUGUUGUUGUUCUUGAGGGGAGUUGAAAGUCCAUCUUAGUUGAGGAAAGGGGAGGAGUCUGAAGGUGAGGUACCAAUUUGUAAGUGAUAACCAGACUCUAAACUGGGCAUCUCACCCACGACCUUCUGGGUCAUCCCACUAACACCAGGUGGUUGAACAGGAGUGAGGCAAGGCACAGGAUUCCCGUGGACUUAAUUGGCUUUGCCAAAAUGGACCAGUUGUACCACCAGACUAAUAAGCAGAUCCAAGAAGUUAACUUCAACAUGGGACAUCUAGAGAAGGUUGAUAAAGAGUCUGUACAUGUGGUUGAAAAUGAAAUUCAGGCUUCAAUUGACCUCAUUUUUAGUAACUUGGAACGACUUGAAAUUUUAGCUGGUAAAGAACCACCACAGAAAAGGCAAAAUGCAAAGCUCCGAGUAAACCAGUUGAAGUACGAUGUUCAGCACUUACAAGCUGGGUUGCGGAACUUUCAACACCGGCGAUACACUCGUGAGCAGCAGGAGAGAGAGCGAGAGGAACUCUUGGCAAAAACCUUCACCACUAAUGAUGCAGACACCUCCAUAGCGAUAGAUGAGUCAUUGCAGUUUAACACGUCUCUUCACAAUGCACACCGCGGAAUGGACGACAUGUUGAACAACGGGAGCAACAUCCUUCAGGGAUUGAGGGAUCAGAGAAUGACAUUAAAGGGUACCCAGAAGAAAAUACUGGAUAUUGCAAACAUGCUGGGACUGUCAAAUACUGUCAUGCGGCUAAUUGAAAAGCGUGGUUCCCAAGAUAAAGUCAUCAUGAUUGUCGGGAUGGUGAUCACUUGUGUAAUCAUGUUCCUUGCCGUUAAGUACCUCACUUGAACUUUAAGCCAAGUCUGUUGAAAAGCAACAGUGUUUUUGCGAAAAUGAAGCAUAUGCGAUACUCAUCACAUCUUUGCUGCUGAAAUGUGAAACCCAUGUGCAGUGAGUGGUUCUGCACUUAACUGCUGCUUUGUUUUAACUCUUGAGAAUUAUAUGUGAAGGGCAUCUAUUUUUUUAACAACUAAGCAUAAGUUCAGUACACAGUGAAAGGAACUGGAAAAAGACACUUGCAGCAAAACAAAGUUGUAAAAUUGGUUUGCUAUGUUCAAUAGGAAACAAAUCUUUGACGUUAGCCACUGAUUAUUUUUGUGAACUACAUAAUUUGUUUUAACCCAUUUCACACACAGUUUUCCUUGUCUCAUUAAAUUUUUGAUUCCAGAUGUAUUAAUGCAACAUCA